AUGCCUUGUGCAAGUUUCGUCCCCCUGCCCUCUGAGCUAUGGGGCUGUAUCACAUUCUAUUUGUCCGGCACUGAUAUUAAGUCUUUGCGCCUGACAUGUACCCAAGUCAACAACGCAGUCCCCUUUCGCCUCGACCGUGUUUUUCUAUCUGCCAACCCUCUUAACAUAGAGGUCUUUCGCAAUAUUGCAUCUGACGAAAAGCUCCGCUAUUUGGUGACUGAGGUGAUCUGGGAUGAGGCUCGUUUAACACGGGGCCCAGCGCGGACAUCGCAAACUGAUAGGGGACAAGAAUUACUGUCAGAUGAAGACGAGCCCAAUAUCGCUGAGGGACACAAAUAUAGAGGAGAGACCUGCUGUCCUAAGUGGUUCAAAGACGCCUGUGAAGAAAAUCUUCGCAUCCUGAGGAGCCUGAAAUCGGCCGAUAAAGAUAGACCCGAACAUAUUCGCUGCAGAGAGCAGAUCCUUGCUCAGCCUCCGCUGGAAGAGUGCUGGAAAUAUUAUCAACAUUUGCUACGUCAGCAAAACCAAGUGCUUGCCGACGACAGCGACCUAGAAGCAUUCUCUUUCGGUGUGAAGCAAUUUCCUGCUUUGAAAAAAGUCACCAUUACGCCUGCGGCCCACGGCAAUCUCUUCAGCCCACUCUACCCAACUCCUAUGAUCCGUGCUUUUCCGAAGGGGUUUAAUUACCCUAUUCCACGAGGUUGGCUGUACUUUAAAUCAUACUUCGGACCUGCUACCGCUUAUUCGUGGAACCGUUACCCCGAACUCAGAGAACGGUAUCGUGGCUUCUGCACAGCAAUGCGUGUACUAGCCAAUGAACCGAAUUCUGUGCUUAAAAACCCGGGCUUCCGCCGACUAGACAUAUCGCUGCUUGUUGGCGGAGAAGAUGAGUCAGACCUUGAACCAUGCUGGCGAUCUUUUCUCAAUGGCCGUUUACACCGUGCACUUAGUGAAGCAACAGAAAUUGAGGACUUCAGACUACAUGCGACAUUCGAUGAUGAGCUUGCUUAUAACGACGCAUACCCCCUUAUCCCUUUAAGGAACAUUAUACCUGUGGAAAAAUGGCCAAAUCUGCGCCACUUUGAACUAUCGAGCUUUUCUAUCUCACAAGAUGAUUGUAUCUCCUUCCUUGGUACUCUACCGAAGACCAUUCGGUCCAUUGAACUUAGCAUGCUAGACUUCCUUGAUGAUGGGUGCUGGUAUAGCAUGCUAGAAGAGAUCCAGCGAAUGGUAUCUGAGGGUACUUUGUGGAGAGACCUAAGUACCACCUGCCGACCCAAGAUUACGAUCGGAUUGUCAGCGGUAGAUGGGGCUCCUCCAACAUUUGGAAGGGCUAAAUGGAUUGAGAAAGAAGUACGGGAUUUUGUGUGCGGGAGUGGGUCAAACCCAUUUGAUGAACCAGGCUCUAUUGACAUUUCAUAUGGGACCGGCGUAUUGAAGGAUGCAUUUGACCCUAAUUUUGAACGCCCAAAUGUGGGUCCGAAAGAUUUGAUAAGACUGAACAUUCGCAAGAAGGCUUCGGAUUGGGACUAUACUAAAUACUGA